AGUCUCGUCAGAAGAACGCGAACUCUCGAGACAUCGCCAUUUUCUGUUGACUUCCCGUAAAGAUGUUAGACUGAUAUUUACAUCCUUGUAAUGGCUUGACAACAUCUAAGCGUGGACACAGCGAGAGCUGACGUAACAGACCAUGCCAUUUAUACAACGGUGUUUGGAACCCAUAAAUGUUAGUCGGGUAGAGGUAGAGAAGGGCAUUAAAAAUGAGUUGGAAUGUGUGACCAAUCACACGCUCAGUAACAUAAUUCUGCAGCUCAGCAGCCUCAGCAAGCAUGCGGAGGACAUGUUUACCGAGCUGUCACAGGAAGUGCAGACGUUCACGGACCGUACGCGGCAGCUCCAGGGGAGAAUAGACCAUCUCCAGGAGAAGGUUACCAGGCUGGAUGCUGCCGGAGAACUAGUGUCCAUUCAUGAUAUACACCUGAGGAAACCUUACAAGAGUUCUACACAACACGACCAACAGGUGGUUUCCAGAUCUACAAUACCUCGAUGUAUACUGAAAGCCUACAGUCAAUGUGAAGCUACGCCGGCUCUGGACAAACUUAACCCCUACAGAGAGGAUGGUAGGGAUAGUGUGAAGUUUUACACAGAUCCAGGGUAUUUCUUUGAAUUAUGGUUCCAAGACAUCCAAAAAGAUAUAGAAAAUAGGAAAACUGAACUAAAAGCCAAGAGGAAAAAGAGACCACAGAAGCCAAAUCAACAAAAGAAAGCCCCACGACAGGUGCAAACAGUAGUGGAGAAAUACCGGGAUAUGAAGCAGGGAGUGGAGUUCUCCAACAAAUCCGAUUAUGCUGAUCCCGCUAAACUAAAUAUACAAAACAACCAACCACGACCCGGAAGCUUAGAGGUGCAAACGAGAAAACCUGACACUGACCAUAGGGGCUCAAGACCUCCUCCUAAUGGGCCACAGUAUUCUCAGGAUGUGUCAAGACAGUCUAACUUUCAAAAUGAGAACAAUAAUUAUAUUGGCCAGACUGGAGGUCACCAUCCUCAAAGCAUUCAAAACCAGUUAUCUCCUCAGCAGAACCGAAUGUCAAAUAUGUCACACCGGGGAUCCUCUGGAAGUAUUGGUGCCUCAAGGCCCAGUCAGCCUCCUCCUGCACCUCCUCCCUUGAUGUCAAAUGCACAUCUUCAUCAUCAUCAUAACAGUCCAAACAGGGACAGCCUACCACCGCCACCACCACCUCCACCACUGGGUGAAGAUGAGGAUCCAAGACGGUACCACCCUAGUCCAGAAAUUUCUAGAGUGCCCACCACUCACCGACCGUCACCUGCAAGGCAAGAGGUGGAUCUGCCUCCCCCACCUCCUCCCCCUCCCAUGAGCCCAGAACAAAAUCUACCCCCUCCCCCACCUCCACCACCUGUGGAUACGGGGAUGGCACCCCCUCCACCACCACCUCCUCCGCCACCUAUGCCUAUGACUAAUGGCUUUGAUGAUGAGAGUUCUUCAACUGGUUCUAGUUCCCUAAAAAUGGAUCUUAGUGCUUCUCCACAACUGAAACCAACACCAAAGCCACAGCCCAUGGUGGAUGAUAGAAGUAACUUGUUGGCACAAAUUCGACUGGGCACUCAUAAAGAUAAAUUACGUAAGGUGGAAGAGAAGAAACAAGAAAGAGACAAAUCUGCACCUGGUGGAAACUUUGAUGUUCAUUCCAUCAUGAACAGAGCAUUUGAAAUGCGUCGUAAAGUGAUAGAAGAAAGUGAAGAAGAAGACGGUUCUUCUGAUGAUGAAUGGGACUGAUCAGCAUUAACUCCAGACUUGUACAAAACUACAGUGUAUACCAUAGGCAGCAAAUGCUGCUGAGAUCUCUUGUUGAUUGUGUAUCCAUGACAACAGGAUUUUCUCCAAAGACCCAACUUGAAUGAAAUAUUCGGGGAGGUGAAAGACAUGCAACUUGAAAAGAACUGCAUGCGGCUUUGUAUUCAGCUGAUGCAGUGAGAAUGUAUUUGUAAACACAUAAUACAGGACAAAAUAUUAUCAAAAGAUUGCCCUUAAUCCAUGUUUUAUAUAUAUACAAUUGUAUAAUCCAAGGAAUGUCUUAUAACUAAUCAAAGAUGACUGCUUUAUUAUGGCAUAGAGAAACUUUCUCCCAUCACCUCAGUAUGUGUCACUUCAUUCUGUGUAUAGAUCCAUGAUCACUGUUUCCCAUAUUAUACCUUGAUUUUAAGAGACAAAGUAAGAAAUCGGUGUAAAAUCGAAUUAUUAUGAUAUCCAGGUAUAUCUACUUAAUAAGUAUAAAUGAAUUUAAGAUUUAUAUAUAUCUCAUACAUACAAUUUAAUUUCUAAAGCAUAAUAUCAGGAUGUGAUAAGAACACUUGAAUAUACAUUUAUGUUGCUCUCUCUCUCUCUCUCUCUCUGCAUCUUGUUUAUGAUUAACACACAGGUAUAAUUAAGACAGUCAGUGGUAUAUUUUUACUAUUUUAUCUACAUUUCUGGUAUGUGUGUGCUAUCUAAAGAAAUUCUUCAUGUUUGGUAAGACAUAUUCCUCAGUGUUUCAUACUGCGUAUAAUACAUACAUGAAGGUAUUGAAUUUGACAUGUUAAAGGUGUGAAUUGUAGUGAUAAAAGUACAUUUUAUCCAUACUACUGAUGAAGAAAAAUUAUUGUUUAAAAAGAGUAAAAUUAUUCAUUACAUGCAACAUGAAAUUUGUAGACAUCACUUAAUAAUUGUAGAAUAUGACAUCUAUUGCAACAGUUUUCCAUCAAAGUACAGUGCAACAAUACUCAAAAAACUUUCAGUUUCAGAAUGUAUUGCUUUCUAAAUAUUUUCUUCUAGCCAAUAUGCCGAAAUACUGUAUUUUCUUAGCCCUGUAUGUAAACUUUAAUUUCAUCACAUGGAUAGGGAGAUAAUUAUAUUGAUAAAUUGCUGCUGUUUUUGCUUAACCCUCAGUUGUCUUCCUUGAAUAAAAGUACUUGUUAAUUGUAUAUUAAUUCCUAUUUAAUGUGUGGUGAAAAUAAAUCUACAGUAGUAGCUACAUGUAGGUAAAGCCAUGAUUUUCCCAUUAGAAAGUCUUUAUGGUGUAUUAUUUUGUACAUAACUUUAAUUUAAAGUCGAUUUUUCAUGUGCAAUAUUAGUUUUUUCACCAGAGGAAGGGAAAUAAACACAAGUUUCCUUGUCUGAUGAAGAUGAUAUGUCAUAGGAGGUAGAUAUAAAAGUGGUAGCUUCUGUACAUUCAUGAUUUUAGCUUUCUACAAUUCAAGUGUGUCGUUUGACUUUGACUUGUUUGCAGAUUCUUCAUCUUUUCUGGUUUAAAUCUAAGUACAGUGAAACCUGUCUAAUCUGUCUUGCACCGUGAGAGAAAUUUUCUUUUGGAAUAGACAGGGUGUUGGAUUGUACAGUGGGAACAUAGAAAAUAGCAAAACAGGAAUUAAAAUGAAGGUCGGAAUUAACAGUGAAAAGUAUUACACAGGUGUUGGAUUAGACAGUGUUUACUGCACUAGUCUGGGGGCAAAUAAGGGACCUUACACUUGACUCUGUGGCCAUACACAGCAUGUGUUACAUCUUUAAUAAGGCAAAUUUUCCCCAGCCAUUUAUGUAUAAAUAGAGAAAAAAAUAAUAUAAAUCUUUUUUCUUCUAAUGUGAAUUGGAAAUGAACAUACAUCAGCUGUGGCAAAAAAAGUGUGUAUGUCUCUUCGUUCCACACCUUUAUGUAAAUUGAACACUUUUGUAUUGCUCACUAUACAAUACAAGAUAUUAAUGAAGUAUGGAAUGCUUUUUUUUUUUUUCUGACUCGUUCAAAAUCUUACCGUACCCUAAAGAAAAACUUUCCAUGGAGAAAAAAGGCUUUAAUUUAGGAAUUUAUAUAGACUACCUCAGACAUACCAUAUUCAGUAUGCUGUCUGUAUCGAGCAUUUGCUUUGUAUCUACUGCUUUCAAUAUUGUCAUUCCCUUUUCAAUUUUUUAAAAUUUAUUUAUUAUUCUGAAACUCUGCACAUAAACAAACUUUUUUGAACACUUUAAUUUUUCUUAAAGAUGUUUUUUUUUUCUAUUCUAUAAAAAGACAGUUUAAUAUCUCUAUGUGUGUUAAUCUUUUCCAUUUUCCUAUAUGGUGCAAAGUAAUUAAAUUAGAUAAACAUUUUCUUCCAGAACUCUUUGUGAGUUUUAAAUAUAACAAAGUAUUAAUAGAUACGUAUUCAUGCAUUUACCUACAUAGAUAUACUUUUCAAAUAAUGUGUCUUUUUCUGCAAAAUUUAAUGUGAAGGAAAUACAUUAUAUAAAACAUCCAUAGUCAAACAGAAUUAUCUCAUAUAUUCAUGUCAUGUAAACAGUUGUGUAAUUCAAUAAUUGUAAACAAAGUUAACUUUGCCCCUGUUAGAGUGUUAAAUACUUGGUCUUUUACAAAUUUACAAAAAUGUACUGCACUUACUGUAUGUAAAAUAAUUUACGCAGUGACUUGAUAUGAUUUCUCUAUCAGGAAAAAAUAAAACAUAUUAUUUUUUAUUGUGAAUUAGCUUUGAAUUAUGGAACAUGUGUGAAUGCCUUUUAAUAUGGAAGAAAAGUGUAAUUUUUUGCCAUUAAAUUAUUUUAAUUGAUAACAUUAUUAAAAGUAAUGCCUUUUAAACAUCAAUUGAAAGGCAUAAAUGUUUAAGUUUGCAGAUGUUGGAAAGUGAGCCACACAAGUCCACUUUCUGAUAAUCAACUAUAUGUAUUUACACUACUCUGAAUUAUAAAUUGUAAUAGAAGUGCUUAUUAAUGAUGUUAAUUGACCAGUAUUUGUAUAUGGGGAUUUUUUUUUCUUCUUAGAUAAAACCAUGGAGUUAACUACGUUGUAGUAGCUUUUUUUUCUCAUGCAUAUGCAAUAAACUUUGCUUUAUUUUGA